UGCGCGCGCGCGCGGCCGGCGGAACCCGGAAGUGAGGGCGCCUCGCGCGCGCAACCCGCACCCGCGGGCUCCCGGGGUCGGUCGCGAGGAGCCCGACCCCGCGAUGGCGCACGAGCAGGGGCGGGGGCCCUCCCCGCCUCCCUCCCGCCAGCUGCUGGACGCGGUGCUCCAGAACCUCUACGACUUUGGAGAGACAGAAGAUGAAGCGGAACAGAAAAGGAUCCGAAAGAAAAAGGAAAACAAGAAGAGAGAUGCGGGGACCCCCGUGGCCUUGGGGGCCGAGCCCGCUCCCCCACCUGGUGCUCCUGUAAGAGGCCCGAGGAAGAGGGCUUCGAACUUCUUCUCGGAGCUCCGGGAAGAGCUGCGAUGUGCCCCCUCCGUGACCCCCCCGGAGGCCCCCGCAGGGCCACAAGCCCCCCGGGCGGCGGCAUCGCCCUCUCCCCUGAACAGGAGAGAGCCGGUGGAAGUGGUGGAAUUCCACAGCCGGAGUAAGAAAAGGAAACAGAGGCCGGAUCAAGAUGAGAACGCCAAGACCAAAACUAGUAUCCUGGAGAAAGAUGUGAAUGUACAAGAAUUUAACUUAGAAAAGUGCUGCAGCGGAGAGCAGGAAGAGCAGGGAUGCGCGAGUUCUGUGAUGAUAAACGGGCUUCAAGCUCGCGUGAGAAAAAAGACAGGAGCAAGUAAUUCAACUGCUGAGAGCUCGGCUGGAGGUGCACCGGUUUGGGAUCACGGGCUACGGAAAAGGGAAGGAGAGAGUCCUGGAACGGGAGCGUGCGGUCAUGCUGGGCGCACAGCCUCCCAAGAAGAGUUACGUGAAUUACAAGGUUUUGCAGGAGCAGAUCAAAGAGAAAAAGGCAGCCAAGGAAGAGGAAAAGAGAAUGGCCCAGGACACAGACAUUUUCAAGAAAAAGAAGAGGAAAGGGCAGGAGGACAGGAAAUCCAAGAAGAAGAAAGCAGCUCCCAGCAUUUUGUCAAGUGGACGGAUUGGCCAGGUUGGAAAAUUCAAAAAUGGGACAUUGAUCCUGAGCCACGUCGACAUCAGGAAGAUAAACUCGUCCCGCGUGGCUAAGUGAGCUGCUGCCGAGCCAGCGGGGCGGGAAGCCCUGUACUGAGGCUGGGCCGGCCGGACUCCAGACCGUUACUAUUUCCUGCUUCGUGACUGUUCUUUGAGGGAAAGUCAGAGAGGACCAGGAAGGCUUCUGGGCUCUGUGUCUGCGGGGCCACGUCGGGCCAACCACGCGCCGUGCGCAUGUGAAGUGAACCUGGCAGAAGACGUUUAAUUUUCCCAGCGCGUCACUCGAGUGUCACUGUCACUGGUGUUUUGUGCAUUUACUCGUAAGAAGAUUUCUCAGGAAUGUACUGAUUUGUAAGGGCUAAUAAUUAGCUUUCAGUCGCCAUUUAAUUUUCUAAAAAUGACUCGAUGUCACUGUAUCGUGAAAGCUAACAAUGUGGUCAUUUGUCAAGUUAUUUUGUGGGAAAAGCAGCUUCCAUGUUCAGGCUCAAGUGUAUAAAGUCUACUUCACAGGAAGGGACGUAAAUAAAAUUCACCCUUUGGGGCGUGUGUGGCCGUGACUGA